AUGGUGCACCGGCGGCGGCGGCGGCGACCGCCGCCGCCCAGCGGAGGGCUGAUGGCUGCCGCCCUGCUCGGCCACUGCGGCGCGGCGGCCUCGCAGGCGUGCGCCGAGGUCGCCGAGCAGGGCUGCUUCGACCAGGAGUUCUCCUGCGAGCGUUGCUGCGACACGGGGGCCCUGCCAGUGGGCGACUUGUCGUGCUGGGUUGGGCCGGUCAAGUUCCCCACCUGCUGCGGCCUCACCCGCUUGCGCAUGGCGGCGUCGCAGAUGCUGCCGGCCGCGGACCACCUCGACGUGCCCGCGACCUGCCCCCCCGCCGCGCAGUCCCACUGCUUCGACGCCUACUUCCCGUGCGAGCGCUGCUGCGACACGCGGCGCGGUCCACAGGGGGACAUGGCCUGCUGGCCCGACACCACCCCGUUCGGUCUGCGGACGCUGAGCUUCGCCUUCUGCUGCGGCAUGUUGCCUUUUGCGGCCGACGAGAGGCUCGCGUGGUGA